AUGGCGGCACUACAGAGUUUACCGUGGCUGUAUAUGGCUUUUGCGGUUGUUUUAGCAGCGCCUGCUCCAGGAAGAAUUCCAAAAGUUUACAAUGCUUUGAUUACGUCCAACCAGAACUUGGAGCCAAGCAAAGCAUUCCCAGUAUACCAGCCCGUGUUACAUAACACCUUUCCAUUCCCACUACAGACAGUUGUCUAUGGAGAUCUACCUUUAACAAACGGUCUCAUCCCAGUACCUGCUGCGCCUAGUAAAGAUGUCAAUGUGAAACCUCAAGAAACCCCUACAUCUAUUCCGGAUGGUGCAUCAGAUGUAGAAGCUACAGAAAAAUCCGUUCCUGCACCUGAGCCUAGUCCAGCACCUGAAAAAGACGCAACAACAACACCACCGGUUCCAAAAACCGAAUCACCAAUACCUCUUAAUGAAUUUGGCUUACCUCCCCAAAUUUUACCAUUAAGUCGUGUCAACCCUGGAUAUCAGUACACACAAUUAGCCACUUAUCCUUAUACAUAUCCAGGUCUUAGAUUGUACGAUCCUUACGAUCCUUUCGGUUUACAGUUACAGACAUACGCCAAUUGGCCUCUUUAUCAGCCACUAACAAAUUUCAUUGGGCAAACCUUACCUCUCAAUACAGUUAGAGCAGAAGGUCCUGCAUUAUCUACGUCGGUCGAAGAAAAGUCGGCUCAAGCACCUCCCUCAGAACCAAGUGAGCUUAAUGUGCUUAAUUAUUCUGCAAAAGACCCUGCUAUUCCGAAUGUUCCACCACCACCCCUACCUCAAGGAGGGCUUAAAUCUGAUAAAGAA